UGACAGCAGCAAAGUUUGCUCUGUGUGUGAUAGGCAUGCUCUUUGGGAGAAUGGUUUUCUCCUUAGUGGAAACAACGACCGUGGAACCAUCACCAUCUUUACAUUUCCGAUCAGUCAGUGCUGGUGAAGACGUGACUUUGGAGUGUUUCUAUCAGGAGGGUGUAGCUGUGAUGUUUUACUGGUACAAACAAAGUUUGGGACAAAAACCAGAGCUGCUGUCUAAGUUCUAUAAGUAUGACAAAAAUGGCUCUCUGAUUGGUGAAUUUCAGAAUGAUCCACGCUAUAAGCUGGAAAUCAGAUCUGGGGAAUAUCACCUGAAGAUCAGCAAAGUAAAACCAUCAGACUCUGCUUCUUACUACUGCAUGAGUGGAUAUUCUUAUACAUUUGAAUUUAAAGAGAGCAUCAUCCUCCAUGUGAAGAGUUCAGGUGUGAGCGUCCCAGCUCUGGUCCAUCAGUCAGAGUCUGAAACCAUCCAGCCAGGAGGCUCUGUGACUCUGAGCUGUACAGUCCACACUGGGACCUGUGAUGGAGAACACAGUGUUUACUGGUUCAGAAACUCUGAGGAAGCUCAUCCAGGACUCAUUUACACCCAUGGAGGCAGGAAUGAUCAGUGUGAGAGGAACCCUCACUCACACACUCACACUUGUGUCUACAACUUGAACAUGAGGAGCCUGAAUCUUUCUCAUGCUGGGACCUACUACUGCGCUGUGGUCUCAUGUGGACACAUACUGUUUGGAAACGGGACCAAGCUGGACUUUAAAGAUGAUAAAGGCAGUCUUGUGGUGUACAUCUUGAGUACAGCUUUGGCUUUUACCACUAUCCUUGCUGUUUUCCUGGCAUACAACGCAUUUAUAAUGUACAAGACAACCAGCUGCAGCUGCACAGGUCCUGAACCCAGAACCUCAGCUGCACCGGAUUCCAAUGCAGAGGAUACAGAGAACCUCCAUUAUGCUGCUCUAAGGAAGAACCAUGCCAACAGAUCAACAAGACCAAGACAGAGGGACGACAGCUGGCCUGAAUGUGUUUACUCCGGUGUUAGGCAAUAGAACCAUAAUCUGUAUAAAACAUGGACAUAGUAUCAGUGACAUCACCCAUCAGUUCCUGAAGGGUCAUUCUGAAACCCUGUGAUGGCGGUUGCCAUGUUGGAAAUACAACCUCAAACUGACUUUGAUAAACAAGCUAACCCGAACCAUCAACAGCUACAACACAUUCACCUGUCAGCUAGGCCACACCCACAUUUAUGCAAACUUUCUGAUCUUAGACUUUGAGAUAUGAAAGAGAAAAAUAUAAAAUGUCAUUUUUUACUGUUUAUAUGAAUAAAAAAGAGCUAC